AUGGAUCCCAACGCUACCGGCUACCCUUCUCUGCAGCAACAACAGCAGCAACAGCAGCACAACGCGGGCUAUCCUGUCACCUCACAGAGCCCACACGCACAGCAGUUCCCUUUCUAUCCAAAUGCUAUGCCCACCUCCUCAUUUCCCCAAUCCAAGACGCCGGUCCAACAACCACAUCAGCAGCAUUCUUUCGGUCCCGUCCCUCUGCAACCUGGCGGUCCCGGUGGAGCUAUGAUGCCGUCUGCCAUUCACCGACCGUCCUUCUGCGUAGGGUGCAUUGUCCCCUCGGUCUGGUCCCUCGGUCAUCUUGUCGAUCGACUGUCUUCCACAGUCCAAAUCCCUGAUGGAUGCCAUGAAAUUCCUGUCCUACCUGUGUGGGCCAUUAGCCUAACACCGUUCCUGAACACCUCCCCCUGCCCCGUUUUCAUAUCUAGAAAGUAUCUGCGGAGUCCCCACGGCAAUUUCUCUGCUGCUUUCACCCAACCUCCUGUUCCAGCCACUCUUAGCCAGUUCGUGCCGCAUCAGGGCACCCCGACUUCGAACAUGUCCCCGAGUGCGGCGCAAAACCUGACACAGAACAUGGCUUCGGUCGCUGCGAACAGCAUGCUUCCAGCACAACAGCAACAACAGCAACAACAGCAACAUCAACAACAACAACAACAACGCCCUUCCCAGCAGCCAAAUCAACAGCAAGGAUCCGUCCCAACAGCAGCACAGAGUCCGGCGGCAGCAGCGCGAGAGAAGGCUCGUGUCUCAACCCUCCUGGAUAUCAACUCCAUCUUGCUGCAAGAGGUCAUCAAUCUGCAGGCGGCUGGUAAGGCUGGAGGACCUCCCAGCCAACAAGCAUCGCAAGAGAACAAUCCAUCACCAACGUCCGACCAGGCGGCCGACGCAGCCAAGGGCCCGACACAAAAGCCCAGUCUCGAGUAUGUUGAGUGUAUGCGCCGUCUCCAGGCCAAUUUGGCGUACCUGGCGACUAUUGCCGAUCGAGCGAAGAAGUCGGGUGGUGUGGCUCCCGCUGCCCCUGCCAUCAUGACCCCGCCUCCCAAUUUGCCAGCGGUCAACGAGCUCUACCACAAGUUGAAUGAGCUGUUCCGGCCAUUGAAAGGCGCCGUGGGUACACCCCAACCUAGCCCGCAAGGUAUGCCUGGCAACACCAAACCCAGCCCGUCGCCCGCGGCCGAGUCAGCGGUUUGA